AUGAUGAAACCCCCAGUCCCUCUCCGCCAUCUUCCCUUCCUCUUCUCACGAGCGUGUGCCCUAGCACGGAGCAACAAUGCGCGCUGCCACGCCUUAACGUCGCCGCGACUUGUCCGGUUCCAGGUCACGACAGCACCAUCGGCAUCCUGCAUGACCACCUGCAGCUCCAGCUCAGCCCGCACUGCCUCACGAGUCACUCGUUCGGCCUCCUCCACUCUCCCUGUUACCCGCUCCCCUUCCCGCCCAACCACCACAGCCCGCCACAUCCCAUCGCCGAUCAUGACCGCCGGCGCCGCCCAAACCCGGUCAGCGUGCGGGUGCGCGUGCAGCGGCGGCGAUGGUGGAUGUGGCGGCUCCCGUGAUACCGCCGGCGCCGAACCCCGCCCCAAGGGUCCGAGGACCGCAUACAUCGCUCUCGGCAGCAACCUCGGCAACCGUGUUGCCUGGAUCGAGCGGGCCUGCGCCGAGAUGGACCGUCGUAACAUCAAAGUGAAACGCACCAGCAGCCUCUGGGAGACGGAGCCCAUGUACGUUCUAGAGCAGGAUAGAUUCGUCAAUGGAGUUUGCGAGGUUGAGACUGAACUCGAACCUCUGGCUCUUCUCGACGAGCUGCAGGAUAUCGAGCGUACAAUGGGUCGCCAGAAGGUCAUUAACAAGGGCCCGCGCAACAUUGAUCUUGACAUCCUUCUGUAUGGCGACGAGAAGGUUGAGCACCCUCGCCUUACCGUCCCUCACAUCGGCAUUCCCGAGAGGGAGUUCGUCCUGCGACCCCUGGCUGAACUCAUCCCCGAGAAGCCUCUCUACGCCUCUAACCCCUGGAAACUCACCUUGGACUACCUUAACGAGCUCCCCCCGUCAGCGGCGCCCCUUUCACCGCUGACCCCCAUCUCCGCCUCUCAGCCCCCGCUCGCCUCCCUUUCCUCCAGCCGCCAAACCAGCGUCAUGGCCAUCGUGAACGCCACCCCGGACUCCUUCUCUGACGGCGGCGUCCACAACUCCAAAAACCUCGUGUCAACCCUUAAAUCCUUCGCCGCUGCCGGUGUCACCAUCGUCGACGUCGGCGGCUGUUCCACCGCCCCCGGCCGCCCCGAGGUCCCCGUCGACGAGGAGCUGGCCCGCGUCCUUCCGGUCAUCAAGCUCAUCCGCGGCCUGCCUGAACUCGCUCAGGUCGCCGUCAGCGUCGACACAUACCGCGCAUCCGUCGCCGAGGCCGCCAUCGCCGCGGGCGCCGAUAUCAUCAACGACGUAUCAGCUGGCCAGCUCGACCCUGACAUGUUCCGUGCCAUGGCUCGCAGCAACCGCACCGUCUGUCUCAUGCACAUGCGCGGCACGCCCGCCACCAUGAACUCACUGACGGACUACCCGGAUGGCCUGAUCCCCACCGUUGCGCGCGAGCUGCUCGACCGCGUCGCCGAGGCCGAGGCGGCCGGCGUGCGCCGCUGGCGCAUCGUUCUCGACCCGGGCCUGGGCUUCGCCAAGACGGGAGCUCAGAACCUGGAGAUCCUGCGCCACAUGGACGAGCUCCGCUCCUGGCCCGGUCUGGAGGGUUUCCCCUGGCUGGUUGGUUCCAGCAGAAAGAGCUUCGUGGGCAAGAUCACGGGCGUUUCGAAGCCCCAGGAGCGUAUAUGGGGCACAGCGGCCACAGUGGUCUCGGCCGUGCAGGGCGGCGCGGACAUUGUGAGGGUUCACGACGCCGUUGAGAUGUGUCAGAUUGUCAAGAUGGCGGAUGCUAUCUACAGGCACUAA